CGAGGCUCAAGAAACGUCAUGAGUCAAUCUGUCCAACUAGACGCCCAUUCCAUCGACACGCCCCGAUCUGCAGUUGCCGAACCCUUAUCCCUGGACACGUUAUCCUCUUCGCUUUCGGAAGAAACAUCUGAUAUGAGUUCAUCCAACGCUUUGGCGGCGUCUGCAGCAGCAGCAGCUAGCAGUGAAAAAACGACCUCCAACCGUGUCGUCGUCCCGAGAACUACCUCCACUCUUACUUCUAGUACAGCUACAACAGCAGCAGCAGGUGGUUCAAACGUGCAUCUUCCAUCAGCAGGCCACCAACAACACCGGACGGCCGUCAACCGCAGCAACACUUCCGGCGGUGAAGGAGGUCUGGUCAUGGUGGCUACUUCGCUGGCUACUUCUUCAUCUACUGCUUCGUCCAGCCGAGCUAACAGCGCCGAACCCUUCAGCAAUGGCGGUGGAGGAGGAGGAGGAGGAAGCGGGAGUAGCAGUGGUGGUGCGGCGCGGUCAGCCGGAGGAGGAAGCCGGGCAACUCGGACGAAUACGACAGCUCAAACUUCUCAAGGGGCCAUCUAUCGAGCACCGAUGGCUGGUGGCGGAGGAAGUGGUAGUGGCGGAGUAGGAGGCAGUGGAGGAUCUUCUCGGAUUGCAUCCCACGUUUCACCGCAUCAUCUGGCCUCCUAUCAAGCGUCAACCACUGGCUCCUCCCCUUACGGAGCUGGCGUAGGAGGUUCGAAUAACAGCAGCAACAGUAGCAGUAGCACGGGAACUGGAAGUCAAGGCUACAGCAGCUCGACGAGCGGAGUCGGUGUAGGAGGAAGCGGAAAUGGGGGAGGCGGUGCCAAUUCUAACCCGGCGACGGCGACUACGACGACCACGACGACCGGCGGCAGUACCAACAACAGCGAUCAGCUGUCCAGGACCAACCUCUACAUUCGCGGACUGACGCCCAACACCACCGACAAGGAUCUAGAGGAAUUGUGCCGCAAAUUCGGUACCAUCAUUUCGACCAAAGCCAUUCUCGAUAAGAAUACCAACAAGUGCAAAGGCUACGGUUUCGUUGAUUUCGAUUCGCCAUCGGCAGCCGAAUCGGCCGUCAAAGCCCUGCAGCUUCAAGGCAUUCAAGCGCAGAUGGCGAAGGUAAUCGUCAAACAACAAGAACAAGAUCCCACUAAUUUGUACCUGGCCAACUUGCCGCCGCACAUCACCGAACAGGACCUUCACGAUAUGCUUUACAAAUAUGGGACGGUCAUCUCGACCCGAGUGCUGCGCGACGGUGGCAGCCAGAGCCGCGGUGUGGGUUUUGCGCGGAUGGAAUCCAGAGAGAAAUGCGAUGAAAUUAUUAGCAUAUUCAACGGCAAAUCGCUGGCGGGGUCGACCCAGCCGUUGCUGGUGAAAUUCGCCGAUGGCGGCAACAAGAACAAGCGCCAGCACAAGACUCACGAUCAGCGCUGGCGUGACGCGGCCGAUGGGCCGGGCGGCCUCCUCUCGGCUUACGAUAGCCCCGUCCAUCCCAAUGGAAUGCCAACCCUGCUCUCUCACAUGCCGCUCGGACGUAAUUUCCCACACCAAAUGUCGCCUUUCCCCAUCGGGCCCAAUGGCGCCCCAUGGCUAGGACAAUACAUUGUCCAGCCGCCUAUGCAUCAACAGAUGGAAAUGUUGACGUCCGGUAUGGAUCCUUCGAUGCAGUACAUCCCGCAAUUGACGACUCACCUGUCGUCGUUGCACGUUAGUAGCCCUGGCAAUCCUUAUGCGAUGGGCCCUGGCGGUCAUGGCGGUCAUGGUCAUCAUCACCAUCACCAUCAUCAUCAUAGCGCUUAUCAAGCAGCGGCACUUUACCAGGCCAGCCAAUCGCAGGCGGCCGUCAUGGGUCCCAACUCACUCUCUAUGGCUCCCGAAUCUGAUCCCUCUGCUAGCGCCACCGCCUCUCCCGACGAGCCCUUCUCCUACGGAGCCAUGUGAGGGGAAAAAAAAAAAAAAAUGGAUUUUUAUUUUUGGACAGAAAAAAAAAAAAAAAUACCAAAGGGAAUUAACAAGAAAUUUGUAGAUGUCUGGCAGCAGCGGCGCUCUCUCUCUCUCUCUUUCUUUGACAGUGUGUGAGCAGCAAAAAAAGAAGCAGCGUCGAUUUAUAACACGGUAAAGAAAUCGGUGAGCUGUGUGGUGUUGUUUAACCUGGACCCAUUUUUUUUUUAGGGGGGGGGGAAUUUUUCUUUAUUAUUUUUUUUUUUAAGAAUUUAUGUUUUCAAAAAGCGUUUCCUCUUUUUUUUUUUUGUUUGAUCAUUUUGCCUUUUUGUUAUGGCGAUUGAUUUGUUUUCUUUUGUUUUAGGUAGACAUUCCACACAGACACACACAGACACACACACAAAAAUGUGCUUUCCCCUUCUUGAUGCGUUGCGUAAUCGUCCUUGACACCUCUCCGUUUCGUGUAAAUAAGGCUAACGAUGCAAACCUUUUUUUUUUUUUUUUUUUCGUUCACGGGGAAAACAAUUUUUCCAUCUUCGUCGUUUGUUUUGUUUUUGGAACCGGUAGAAUUUUUCUAAUCAUCAUCGCUAACCUUCUAUUUCGUAGAGGUACCUGUUUCUUUUUUCCUCCGCUCGUUCUCCUCCUUUCUCUAUUAAAAAAAACAAAAGCAAAAACAAAAAUGGCUAAGGAAAUAAUUCCUGAAUAAGAAAAUAAAAAUAUAUCGGGAAAUGGGGGGAAAAAAAACAACAGCAAACAAUUCGUCGUGCAGAAGACAAAAAUUUCAUUGACAUGUUCAGAGUCAGAAUAUUAGACAACAAAUGGGAAAAUAACAAAAAACAAGAGAGAAAAGCGUCUGCCAGCCAAUGAUGUGCCUUUUUCAAUCCCACCCCCAUACCUUCCUCACACACACACACACAAUCCCGAUGAUCAAAUCGCAAAAAGGGGGAGAAUUUUUUUUUUUUUUUUUUUAUUUUUAACAAUCCGGUUUUCUUUUUCUCUAAUUAAUAGUUUACGAAAAUCAUUUUCCACUUUUUGUCCUUAAAAUUCGUUUAAAAUGUUUGUGCUUGUUUGUUUGUUUGUUUUUUUGCCCCCAACUUGAUAAUUGAUUGUUCAAUUCCUGUUGAACCCGUCGAUUUUGUUUGUAGAUUUUUGGCGUACUGCUGGAACCAAAAAAAGGGGGGGAGGGGUCAAAAUGAGAAUAAGAUUUUUUUUUUCACGAAACCCUUAAAACAAAAAAAAAUCAAACAAAAAAAUGACAAUGAUUUUGAAUUUCUAAUUAUGUUGUUGUGGGAAGUUAAUCCUCCAGUUGCUAAAAAAAAAAAAUGUGGGGGACAUAAAACAGCAAAAUUACCAAAAAUAUUAAAAAGGAAAAAAAAGAAAAAAAAAAACUGAAAAAGUGUUGAUAAAUUGAAAGAUUUUUCUUUUUUUUAUGAUGGGAAAAUUUCCAUUUUGAAUCCCCCCCGUUCUUUGCCUCCGUUUGUUCAAUUUCCACAGCAGAAAUGGAAACAAAACUCUGUUCUCGCUCGCGUUCUUAGUUUUUGUUUUUUGUUUUUCUCGCCUCAAAUUUUAAUUCGAUUUUUUUUUUCGGGGGUAAUUCCGUUAAAAUUGAAGGGGGGAGGGAACUUGUUUUUUUUUGUUUUUGUGUCCAUGAUUUAAGAAGGAAAAAAAAAAAGGCGAAUGUGUCGACGUACAGUUUAAUUUUCAAUGUUUUUAUGCGGUGAUUUGAAAGGGAUUGCCAUUCGUCGUUCGACGAUGAAUAAAUAAGGAUCGAAGGAAUCGGAGCAAAAAGUACAAAAGAAAAAAAGAAGAUUAGAGAGGGUAAACAUACACACACCAACGUAACACUCCCAACCCCCUCCCCCAAUUUUUAACCCGACAAAGGUGGCGUCAUCAUUUCAUUCAAAAAGGAAAUUUUUUUUUCUCUCCAAACUACCCCGCUCCUUUUCUUUUUUUUUUUUUCGUGGGUUCAACACACACUGCCGUUAUUCAUUUGUUUCUAUUGCGUUAUUUUCAUUUUCCUGAAAUAGCCAUUAUUUCCAAACGAUCUUUUUUUUUAAAAAAAAAAAAAAACUAUUUAAAGAUGAUGGUUAUAUAAUGAAAACAAUUUUUUUUUUCCUUCUCACUUCCUCCUACGUCACUUCCGCCACCUCUACACACACCUGUCCUGUUCUAUUUUGAAAAAAAAAAAAAAACACGAAACAACAACAGAAAAAUGUGUUUCAUGCAAAUGGGGAAAAUCAGUAAUUUUUUUUUUGUUCUUUUUAAAUUUUCAUCUGGUAAAGUGCGUGAGCGCUGUAUGCAAUUUUAAAUUGUGUCGCCUCCAAAUGUUUACUUCGUUUCAUUUCCCUUUUGUUUUUUUCUUCUAAAUUAAGUUUGUCGUUAUGAAAGAAUGUUUGCACCACCUCGCUCCCUCCCUUCUGUUUGCUUUCUUGAUUGUUGUUGCUAAUUGUUAAAUUCGUUCAUUCAUUUUUCUUUUCUUUUUUUUUUUUUUACCUGGCAAGAAAAUAGCGAUCAAAUUUCGCGCGGUUUUGUUAUUUGUUUUGAAAAAAGGAGAAGGAAAAAAAAAAAAAAUGGGGAAUUUAAAAAAAAAAAUCGUGAAAUUGUUUGUUAAAUUGUUUUUUUUUUUUUUUUAAUUUUGUUUCGUGAUUGGUCUCCGUGAUGAGAUCCUUCGGAAUGAAAGAGAAAAAGAUAAUUUUUGGUGGGUUUUAAAAAAAAAUGUUCUCGCCUUUACGCGGGGCGAGAGGAAAGAUGAGGAAAAACAGUUUUGAUUUUGAUUUCACACGUGUUGUUGUUAUUGUUGUUUUAUUGUCCUCGAGAAACACCACGCUGCUGCCCCUGGGCAAGAAAUUCAGAGUUUAAAAAAAAAAAAAUAGAAAUUAACAAAGUGCGAUCAGAAAAAAAAAAAAGUUAAUCUUGUGCGUGUAUGCGUGUGCUCCCCCCCUCCCACCACACCCUCCCGAUAAACGAACGCGUUUGUUAAAAAAAAAAAAAACAAUUGUUGAAUUUUUGUCUUUCCCACUCUCUUUGUUCACCUUCAUUUCAUGUGUUUUUUUUUUUUGUCGAUUGGGAUAUGGAUAAUUGAGAUGGUUCGAAAAUUA